CUAUUGUCUAUGAUAGGAAUUGACUGAUGGAUGUUUCUUGUUUGUCUUGUCACUUUUCUAAAAUACGUAAUUUUUGACGAGACCUUUGUUGCUAUCAAUUGAUGUUAAAAGUGCAUAUAAAAAAUGGUUGAUCCAAUAUUCGAUUACCAAUUUAGGCUUAUCCUAAUUGGUGAUAGUACGGUGGGCAAGAGUUCUCUCCUGAAAUAUUUUACAGAUGGGAAAUUCGCUGAGCUAUCAGAUCCUACGGUUGGUGUGGAUUUCUUCGCGAGAAUUAUAGAGGUGCAAGAUGGUACAAGAAUUAAACUGCAGUUAUGGGAUACGGCUGGUCAAGAGAGGUUUAGAUCUAUUACAAAAUCCUACUAUAGGAAUUCAGUUGGUGCGUUAUUAGUAUACGACGUGUGUAACAGAUCAAGUUUUGAGCAUAUACCCUUGUGGAUGAUGGAGGCAAAGCGACACAUAGAGCCUCACCGGCCAGUGUUUGCUUUGGUUGGCUGCAAAGUGGAUCUGGUGGGCACAGACAAUAAAAACGGAGCGAGAAGGGAGGUUACAUGCGAAGAGGCGCGAAUGUUCGCAGAAGAGAAUGGUCUACAUCAUGUAGAAACAUCAGCCAAAACAGGUGUGAACGUAGAAGAAGCAUUUGUGCUAGUCGCUCAAGAAGUAUACAACCGCAUUCAGACCGGUGAAUACAAAGUGGAAGACGGAUGGGAUGGAAUCAAGACUGGCUUCAACCGCCCUAACGGUAUGGACUUUAACCUUCUCGAAGCUGAAACGGUCCAGUCCACAUGUUGCUAGGAGACGAUAAACAAGUGUAUAUAUUUGACUCACAAUAGUUUAGUAAUAUACGACGUGUAAGCAUAAUUUUAUAUAUAUAUUGUGUAGAUAAGGUGUGGCGUCUGCCGUAUAAGCUGUUUAUUUACGUUUCUAGUAAACAUUUUUACUUUUACACACUUUUCUUUUGGUGGAUACAGGUGGAAUGUAAUUUAAAAUAGUUGCGAACAUUGCAGUUUGUUACGCAAGCCAGAAAUAAAAAACAAUUCAAAUGAGUUUUGAAAUUCAGAUGUUAUUUAUUUUUCAAGCAAUUUCUAAAGGAUAACAAAUGGCCAUCAUUCUAUUUUUAGUCCUGGAAUUACUAUUAAUACUACUUAAAAUGUAAAAUAGUUGAACACAAUAAAUUACUAAUAAUAAUGUAUGGCAACUUUUAGGAAAAGCUACUAACAAUAAUACAAAAAUAUUAUUUUUCGGUGUUUUCAAAUUGAUAAGUAGGAAUUCGAAUAUAACUGAAACAUUUCAUAGGUUUGCAAUCCCAUGAAUCUUAGGUGCAUAUUAUUACUUCUAUUAUGUGUUGUAUCCCAGACAGUCAAUGGUAAUUUGGUAGUUAAAUACAUAGUCAAGUCAAUUUUACCAUUAUUAGAUAUCAAACUGUGUCCAUAAUUUUUAUUUAUCACAGGACAUAAGUAGUGCGACCAUGAUUUGUCAUUUCAAGUUGAAUCAUCAUUUUAUAUUUUUGUAGAUCCAUACUUUUUGCUGAAAGGAAAAGAUAAAGCUCUAAAUAUAGACAAACAUUAACAUUGAAUCAGAAAUAUGUGUCAUUGCAUUGCAGCUAUAUACUUACAUACUAUUGGAUGUAUGUAAAGGAUUUUCAACAUAAAAAUUGCUCAAGACGCCUAAACGAUUUUCAAAAAUCUUUGUAACUCUUACUACCUACCGUCUUUUUAAAUUCUUAUAAUUGUCUUGCAAAUACAUAAGUUUCCUGCAUAACUUUACUUAAAUAUGUAUAUUACGGAAUUCCUUUUUAUAUACAAACAAAAAAAUAUAGCUGUCGCUAUUCUUGACUCGUUUACGAGAAAAUGUAAAUAUUGUAAAAAAUGUAUGCCCAUAAAGUAUAUUUAUGAUCCAAAUGCCACAAAACUUUUUAAUUCGGCUUCCACAUUUUUUCAGAGACUUACUAUGUGGUCCUAGUCGCCUAGACAAAAUUGAUCUCGCCGAAAGAAUAAAACAAGAAUUAAAAUCUAGGCAUUGUUUACAGUCUAAACUUUCAAGAUUAAGGCUCAAUUUCCCCGACUACAUAAACAUCCGUUUUUCUUAAAACAACUGUUUAAUUUGAAAAUUGUAAACUUAUAGUAAACAGUGAUUAAGAAAAUUAACGUUUAUGUUUUCAGUGUACUUGGGCCUAAGUAUUCGCCGCAGUGGCAUUUGGACCGCUUUAUACAUUACGCGUGUAAUUUGAACCAAAGAUUGCGAAAAUGAUCCCUACGAUUUUGUUUCCUUCAAACUGUAUAGAUUAUAUUCUUGUUUCAUUAACAUUUACUAACUAUAAGUUAAACAUAUUGUACCUGCAACACCUUGUGUAAUUUACAUCGUUAGGAAUUGUAACUGUCGUAUGCCCGAAUAUUGGAAGCUCAUUAAUUAACUUCUCUUUCGUCAAUACGAUAGCGGAAGUAUGAGAUGAAAAGGCUUUUUAAAAUCUGAAUGAAAUUCGGGUAUUUGCGCAUUUUUACCACUUUUCUGUAAUGUAUGAAAAAGUCCUUCAGAGUGCUCCAAAAUUCGUUAUCAAAAAUAUUUUAAGUAGCUCUUAUGCAUCUCUGAAUGAACCCAGGUACUUGUAAUUAGCCUGUAAACAGAUCUAUUCUACACAUAUAGAAUUAAACACGAUAGUUGCUCCAAUUCUUAAUUUGGCCCCAAAAUCUUGUCACGCAAGUUAUACCAUGUUAAUUAAAUUAAAUAUUUUCAUUACUCUACCAAUAUAGAAUCUAAAUAAUCAAGCCGUCCAUUACGAUGGGCAAUUUUAAAAUUUUCAAAUACCUACAUAUAAUUCAUUUUAGAAAGACCAUGUAUUGUCGCGUUGAUCUGACGACCUACGGACAUAAUCCUAUUCUUAUAAAAGAGGUUUAAGUACCUAUAUCUUGUUUGUGAAGCUAAAUAGACUUAUAGGAAGACUAUAAUAUGGAUCAUGUUUGCCUAGGAAGCGUGGUCAACGCUAGAUUGAUCAAAAAGUGUUCAUGUAGCAUGCGUUUAGAGUAAAAAUUAAUCAGCGUUUUAGGCGGAAACUGAGUCGCGUAAUUUACGUCGAGAAAGUACGCAGCUCGUAGUAGGAAUACUGAAAUUCGGUAACGUAAAUAACGCGACUCAGUAAAUACCUUUUCGUUUCGUAGUCAUGUUUUUGUUUUAAAUUCUUGCAGAUUAAAGUGAUGGUAGAAAUAAUUUAUUAAGUUCUAAAUUAUAUUAAAAAUACUAAUGUUAAUGAUAGGGUUAAAAUUUGUAACGCCUAGAAUUAUUCGAGUGAUGGAAAUAGGCUAAAUGGACAGAAAAUGAAAUAUUACCGUACUUUAGACUUGACCGUUUUGCGCGGCACAAAUAGUUUCCAGCGCUUUUUUCACAUAAGGUUUUAUUCACAAACUUCUAAUCAAAAUAUUGACAUCUUUUAUCUGAAUUAAAACCGGUUCUUUUGUUACCGGUAUAACUAGGUACAUGUAAAAUCGUUCUGACGCGAGUUAUGCAAUUUAAAUAAUUUUAAGGUCAUCGCAUAAGACUAAAAGAUAACAAAAAAUAAAAAUAUUGGUGAAUUAAAUUAGUCGAUUGACAAUAUUUAAAAUUGUCGUAACGAAAAGUACUUUUGGACGUAUGAUUUAAAAUGUUAUUUUUUAAUCUUAUGAAUUAACAGUUUGUUUUAUUGGAGUAGCUUAUAAUAUGCUGUUAUAAUAAUGCUUUAUAUAAAGUAAAGUUUUUUGUUAAUUA